CCAGGGCGACGAGCGGAGCGCCGAGGCGGGGCCGGGUCGAGCGGGGCGAUGGCAGGCCGCUGCAGAGGCCUGGGGCCUCGGGUGUUCGGGAGCCAUUUAUGUUACCGAUUCAGACGAUUAAGUUCUCUGCCGGAUGAAAAGAAGGAGUACCUAAAAAAUGGACCAGACCUUCAAGAUUUUGUAUCUGGAGAUUUGUCAGACAAGAGUGCCUGGGCUGAUUAUAAGGAAAACUUGAAACGCCAGAAGGGUGAAAGGCUGAGGCUCCCUCCGUGGCUAAAAACUGAGAUUCCAAUAGGCAAGAACUACAACAAGCUGAAGAGUUCGUUGCGGAAUCUAAAUCUUCACACGGUGUGUGAGGAAGCCCGCUGCCCCAACAUUGGCGAGUGCUGGGGCGGGGGUGAGAAUGCUACCGCCACAGCCACCAUCAUGCUGAUGGGCGACACCUGUACGAGAGGCUGCAGGUUCUGCUCCGUGAAGACGGCCCGGAACCCGCCGCCCCUGGACCCCGAGGAGCCAUACAACACAGCCAAGGCCAUCGCCGAGUGGGGCCUGGACUACGUGGUUCUCACGUCUGUGGAUCGUGACGAUCUGCCGGACGGAGGAGCCGAGCACUUCGCGAGGACGGUGUCGCACUUGAAAGAAAGGAAUUCAAAAAUCCUCGUGGAAUGCCUGACCCCCGAUUUUCGAGGUGACCUGCGUGCCGUUGAGAAGGUCGCUCUUUCGGGCUUGGACGUGUUUGCCCACAACGUGGAGACGGUUCCAGAGCUGCAGAGGCAGGUCCGGGAUCCGCGAGCCAGCUUCGCCCAGUCUGUCCGCGUCCUGAAGCACGCCAAGAACGUUCAGCCUCGACUCGUUUCCAAAACGUCCCUGAUGUUGGGCUUAGGUGAGACGGAUGAACAGGUGUAUUCAACCCUAAAAGCUCUCCGGGAGGCCGAUGUGGAUUGUCUGACUCUGGGCCAGUACAUGCAACCGACGAGGCGUCACCUCAAGGUGGAGGAGUAUAUAACGCCUGCCAAGUUUAAACACUGGGAAAAGGUGGGAGAGGAGCUUGGAUUUCAUUAUACUGCCAGCGGACCCUUAGUACGCUCCUCCUAUAAAGCAGGUGAAUUUUUCCUGAAGAAUCUAGUGACCAAACGAAAGACGACAGUGGAAAGCGACAAGUCGACUUCACUGGCGUAAUGGAGCUCAAGGUUCCCAGAAUCGAGGUUCCCAGAAUCCUAGCCGUGCAUCUGAUCUUCAGUCUUUCUCCCUGCUUUUUGUGUUUGUUCAUUUGGAGAGGAAGGAGAGAGAUUGGAUUUACAUAGUUGUUUGGGGCUCUUGUAAUUUGGCUUUUCCACUGGCCUCUUGGUCACUGGGCUUUCAAGCAUGCCCUGUAGAGCCUGUCCCAGGUAGAAAAAUUAAUUUGUAACAGAAAAUUAGUAAGGCGAAGCGACCCCGAAGGGUCAGACAUCCUUCCGAACGUGGCCUCGUCAGCACCGUCACAUUUGGGAAUUGUCGACAAGGUGGGUUGUGGAGGAACGUUCAGCAGAGCGCGAUGGGUGAUGUUAACACAGUUAACGGGUGAUGUGGGUGAUGGCUGCAGCGCCACUGAAUCCUUUGGCUGUGGCUCUGGGUUUGCGGGACGAUUCUCAUAGACGGGCAGGGGGACUUUGGUCUCUAAGCAAAGUGCAAUUACACAUUAACCCGUGUAGGGACUCUGUGGACUGAGGGUCUCUCGGCUCUGAGCACAGAGCGUAAAAUAGGAAACGUAGUUAUACAGGAUGAAUAGAAUAUUAAAUUAAGCUUUUUCCCAUUGA